AUGCGAAGCGCAAGAACAGCUCCGCGACUUACCUUUCCAUUUUCGGUCCUUCUAUACCAGGCCAAACCUCACUCAGCCUUCGCCACCCUCCCUCGGGGGCGUCAACUGUCGUCAAUGGCGUCAGAAUCACUUAACUCGUCCCAAGAGGAUAUCCGUGGGCAUCACCAACGCUCAGGUGGAAGUAGCACUGAGAGAAUCUCGGGAACUCCAUAUGCAGCUCAGGCUGCUGCUGGCGCGGCAGCUGCGAGCGCGUUUUUCCCGUUGGGAUACCGCGAAGGCUUCAGUCAAUGGUGGGCUCGUUUACCUGCAGCUGCCGCCGAACAUAAAGUCCUCUCUUUUCUGCCCUACUUGCAUCACCAGCCCCCCACCCACCUCCAGACUGGAAACACGGCCGAGUUCCCCGACGGCGCUACCCCGACCAGUCUCGAAAUUAAAGACCCUAAUCAGCUGGGCGAAGUCACCACCAGCUCCCAUGAUGACCCUUAUGGCCCUCGCCGAUGGCGUUCCAGCAUGGUAGAACUGAGCGGACAAGACCGCGCGCUCAAUGAGUUCUCGGUGGAGAGGGUUGGCGAGGAAGCAGACCAACAUUUGGUUAUGCUCCAUGGCUACGGCGCCGGACUUGGCUUCUUUUAUAAAAACUUCGAACCACUGAGUCGGUUGAAGGGCUGGCAACUACAUGCCCUAGACAUGCUAGGCAUGGGCCGAAGUACUCGACCCUCAUUCAAAAUCAAGGCAAAGGAAAGAGAAGACGCAAUCAGGGAGGCAGAGGCCUGGUUUGUAGAUGCCUUGGAGGAAUGGCGCAUUAAACGCAAGAUUGAUCGCUUUACCUUACUUGGACACAGUCUCGGCGGGUACAUGGCGGUUGCCUAUGCGCUGAAAUACCCCGGCCAUCUGAACAAGCUUAUCCUAGCGUCUCCAGUCGGCAUUCCGGAGGACCCAUAUGCUGUUACUGCAGAUGUGGCUGAGCCUCCGGCAUCAACGCUGGCUAACGAGCUUACUCAGGACCAGCAAGAUGUCACUUCAUCUGCUGCCAUCCCGGACACAGCACCAAAGACAACCGAUGGUAGCUUUAUCACUGGAAGACAACCAGUCCCGCCUACUUCCACUCAACCUCCACGGCGGAAUCUCCCCAAGUGGUUCGCGUAUUUGUGGGAUGCUAACAUCUCCCCAUUCAGUCUAGUGCGGUGGGCUGGUCCUCUAGGUCCACGUCUCGUGUCAGGGUGGACUUCUCGUCGUUUCUCUCACCUACCAGCCGACGAAGCCAAAGCACUCCACGACUAUUCAUACUCGAUCUUCAGUCUUCGCGGUAGCGGCGAGUAUGCUCUAGCAUACAUUCUUGCCCCCGGUGCUUUCGCUCGCAGUCCUCUGAUCCACCGUGUCCACGGCCUCGGAAGACAAAUUAUCCAAAAUCCAAAAGCCCUCCCUCACCCAAUCUCCGCCGCUACUACUUCUUCUGAGUCUUUGGGAGCUGCUCGACGCGAGAAGGGUCUUCCCGUGGUAUUCAUGUAUGGCGACCGCGACUGGAUGGACGUCUCAGGUGGUCAUGCCGCCGUUGCUAGAUUGGAAGAAGAAAAGCGCAAAGUCCUAGAAAAGGCCACCCCAGAGGAAAAGCGCGCUGACGAGGGUUCUUCUAAAGUGGUUGUCGUGAACAGAGCUGGCCACCAUUUGUAUCUCGAUGGUUGGGAGGAGUUCAACAGUAUUGUACUCAAUGAGAUGGAAGAGGUCAACCAGAGGGAGAGAAAUCGUCAGUGA